AUGGCGGCCACGGAGGAGCUCAUCACGAUCGACCCGUUCAUGACUCGGGCCGACCGGUACGUACUGGAGAACCUGAUCCAGGACAUCCGGGAUGACCGGGAUUACGAGGACGACGAAGUGGACCACGAUCCCGACGCCGUGCGGGAUGCCAAGAAGCAAAAGGACCGGCCCAAGGGCGUCAGCUCACCCGACGAUGCUGUCCUGGCCACGCUCGACGCGCUCAACAGCCCGGGCAACAGCGCUUUCGAGCCGACGGUGUUCACCGGCUACGACCUGCGCGACCUGCAGGAGGGUGUGGCGGCACGGCGCAAGGCUGCAGCGGAUGCCCGGUCCGCCAGUGUCGGCCAGCGUGUCUCGGCAGCCGCGCACAGCUGGUUUCACCGCGCCGUGCUGGAGCCGUACAUCCGUUUCGCACAGCGGCACAUCGUGCGGCACGAGACGGAUGUCGUGUUCUGCACGCACCUGCUGCUGUACUUUUCCACCGUAGUGCCCAGCGCGGCCGCGCUGCUGUUCUGGCGCUUUUCGUGGCUGCAUGGCAUCGCCCACGUGCUGUGGGUGCUGCUCGGCUGCAUUGGCUCCUACACCAUCAUGAUGCACCAGCACAUCCACCAAGGCGGCAUUCUGCGGCGCGACCAGUGGUGGACGGCGGGCGUCGACCGCCUGUUUCCGUACCUCAUGGACCCCCUCAUCGGCCAUACGUGGAACUCGUACUACUACCACCACGUCAAGCACCACCACGUCGAGGCCAACGGGCCGGACGACCUGUCGUCCACCAUGUGGUACCAGCGCGACAGCCUCGUCGACUUUGGCAAGUACCUCGGCCGCUUCCUCGUGCUGGCGUGGUUUGACCUGCCGCUCUACUUUGUGCGCACGCGCCGCGUCGGCCAGGGCGUGCGCGCCGGCUUCUGGGAGCUGUCGAGCUACGGCCUGCUGGCCGGCAGCGUCCUGGCGGGCGCGCACCAUGUGCUCGUGACCGACCAGCGCGCCGCCGUCUUUGUGUUCGUGCUGCCGUUUGUCAUUCUGCGCAUCGGCCUCAUGCUCGGCAACUGGGGCCAGCACGCGUUUGUGGACCCGGACGCGCCCGACUCCGACUUCCGGUCCAGCAUCACCGUCAUUGACAUUGCCAGCAACCGCGUGUGCUUCAACGACGGCUACCACACGUCCCACCACCUCAACCCGCGCCGCCACUGGCGCGAGCACCCCCGCGCCUUUGUCGCGCAGAAGCGCCAGUACGCCGCCGAGCAGGGGCUCGUCUUUUUCGGCAUCGACUACCUCGAGAUCUCGUUGCGCCUCAUCCUGUUCCAGGACUACGCCUACUUGGCCAAGCGCCUGGUGCCCCUGGGCCCCGAGCAGCGCCGCAUGACGCUCAACGAGCGUGCGGCAUGGCUGCGGCGGCUGACGAUGCGCUUUACCGAAGAGGACGUGGCGCGCACGUACCCCAAGUCGCGGUCGGCCGCGGCCUGGCGCCGCAAGCAGGGUCAGCCGGCGGCGUAG